AUGGCAAAUCCAGAAUCUGUGAGCACCAGGGGGAUGGAACUGGAGGAAACCACCGAGGAGCCAGCGAUAGGUUCUGAAGAUCAUCCUGGAAGAGUUAGAAGUAGAGCUUCUAUGACUUCUAGAUCUUCCUGUAAGGAGAGCCAAGAGGGGAAGGUGGAUGGCAGUGCAGAGCCAGGAUCAGAUAUUAUCACAUCUGAAGGAUUAACAGAGCUCUCUUCCCACACCACCAUGGAAACGUCAUUGUCAAGUGCAGGUAUCAAGGGCUUUCCCAGAAUUUUGGGAGGAGUCAGGAGAGAAAGCAGCACUGAAUACCAACUAAACAGGGAGGCAAUGGAUACUGUGGCUGCUGAUGUGCAUGAAAAACCCAUAGGAAUAUCUGUCUCCAUGCAGACAGAUGCAAGUUGGCUUUAUGACCAUGUUUACAAGAAAAGGGCUGCAAAGGGCAAAGGAAUAAAGCUUCCUCCUGAGAAUGAUAUCUAUGAUGUGCUGCCCCAAGACCUCAGCUGUCUAGACAUUUUGUGCGACGUGGAGUUUAAGGAAGACUUCUUAAGGCUGUUCGAGGGAUCGCUGCACACUCUCUCCAGUGUUGGACCUCCAACUAUCUUAGCAUAUAGACCAGAAACAUCUAGAGAAGACAUUCAUAUAGAGUUUGAAAAGCACUACCCAGAAAAUUGUGAGUUCUGCGGCAGCCCACUAAGAAACUUUCCUUCCUUUCAAAGUCUAGAACAAAUAGCUGAAUAUGGAAAUCUUUUCUGUUGCCAGCAGUGCAGAGACCUUCAUGAGUUCAUUGUCAAUGAGAAAAAGCGCUAUGCAAAGGAUGGGGUUGAGCUGAUUAAUAUUGCCCCUCAUCAGGCCCAUGGAAGUGAGGCUGAGAGACAACUAGCCAAAGAGAGAGCCCGCCAGAGGCAGCAAGAGCGACAAAUGGCCAAACAGUUUGCCUUCAUUCCAACAGAUGAAGAGAGGGACAUCUUUCCAGUCCAUUCCCCUGAUUACAGUAAACAGCUUACAACCAUUUCCUACUGUCUGUCCCAAGAGAGAAGUUGUUUAACAGGUUGGACAAGAGUUCCUCUCCAGAUGGAUGAAGAACUGUCACUGGGUGAAGACAUUACUUACAGCGUCUCUUGCUGUGAUUUCACCAUUGCUGGUGGAAAGUUAGUGAAAAACCAGUUCUUGCAACAGUACUACAAAAAUGGCGUAAAGUUUCUUACCAUGUUUCCAGAUGGUAGUGCACAAAUAUUCUAUCCAUCUGGAAAUCUGGCAAUCAUAAUUGUAAAAAAGACCAAGCAAGAAGGCUACGUUUGUAUAGUUCAAGAGGACAAGCCUGAGAAUGCUGAAAUCCAGGCAGUAUUUGACUCCUGUGGUAAAGGAACUUGUUAUCAUCCGAACGGACUUGUGUGGAUAAAUAUUACAAUUCAAGGAGGACAUUAUUCAGAUGAAGCUGGCAACAAAGUGAAGGCAUGGAUCUGGCCAAACAACUUGCAGAAACACAACCCCAGCGUAUCAUUUAAACCUGUCUUUCUAUCUUUGAACCUGAAUGUUGGCGUCAGGAUACUGGGACAAGACAAAGUGGCCAUUUCUUUUCUUUCUAUGGGAAAACAAGCAAGAAUCAACAUAGGAACAAAAGUAAAGCCACUUGCUGAUCAUCAUCCCUGGCCAAAGGAUGUGUCUCAAGAUGACCUCCUGCUCUUUGCUAGUAGAAUAAAGAUUCUUCGCAUUUUUGCUAAACUGCACGGAUGCUUAGACUUUCCAUCUAAUGAAUGGUGGACUAAGCUCCAGCUCCCUUCCUAUCUUUUGAAACGGGCUGUGAAAUUAAUAUCCCUUUGUAAAGAAUGUGAAAUAAACUCUGCUCUGGACAAAUUAAUCACAGAAAUAGUAAAUUCACCAGCCUGAUCAUCACUGUAUUAAAUAAAGAUACUGGUUUCAUUGUUGUUAAUGAGUAUUUACUAUGUGGAAUGCUGUAUGUAUAGAAAAGCAGUUUUAAGGACACAUUUCGGGCCCACUCCCAUCACCCCACAGCAGAUGUGUCCAAGUCUCUAAACAUAGAAGCUUACAAGC